GUAUCAAAACUCUUAGAUAUUUCUUCGAGUACAAUGUUAGGUGGUGUUUUGGGGAUAAGGAAACAUAUACGAGAAAGCGAACGAAAAAAAUACACUUGCUAGCCUAGAAACAAAAAUAUCAAAGCUUGGCGGUUGAAACGGCCUUGACCCCAGCACUGUUUUAACAAGUUCUUGCACAGUCAACGAUUGCUCACCAAAACACAAUGGUGUUUUGUUGACAACAAUGGAAUACACGUGAGAAUGGCAUCUGGUGGCAGACAAGAAAGUAGACGACUAGAAGACUCAACAAUGGAGAGCCUAGCUGAAGUAUUUCGAUGCUUCAUUUGUAUGGAGAAGUUGAGAGAUGCACGAUUAUGUCCUCAUUGUUCCAAACUCUGCUGCUUCUCAUGUAUACGGAGAUGGUUAACAGAACAAAGAUCACAAUGUCCACACUGCAGAGCAUCUCUCCAUAUUCAUGAGCUGGUCAACUGUCGCUGGGCGGAGGAAGUAACUAACCAGCUAGACACGCUUAAAGACUGCGCUCCCUCCCCAAAGAAAGAGGACUCUGACAAAGACAAAUGUGAUGACCACCAGGAGAAACUGAGUGUAUAUUGCUGGACUUGUAAACAAUGCAUUUGUCAUCAAUGUGCACUCUGGGGAGGAACGCACUCUGGUCAUACAUUCAAACCUCUGGAUGAUGUCUAUAAUGAGCAUGUGAAGAAAAUUACAGAAGAAUUGAAUCAGCUGAAACGUCGUCAUGUAGAGCUGAUUAGUCUGGUGCAGGAUGUGGAACGAAACAUUGAGGGUGUAAAGACUGCUAAAGAUGAGAGAGUAAGAGAAAUCAGGAAUGCAGUGGAACUUAUGAUUGCAAGAUUAGAGACCCAGCUCAAGUCUAAGCUACUUACAUUAAUGGGCCAGAGAGGUCAGGUGACCCAGGACACAGAAAAGUUAGAGACACUAAUCCAGAAAAUGAACCAGAAGUUGCUGAACAGUGGCAAGAAUGAACUGAUCAGCCAAAGCACUGAACUCCUACAGAUGUUCAAGCAGUUCCACUGUAAACCCAUGGCCUCAUUUGUAACUGCUCCUGUACCUGCAGAUUUUACCAGUGAGAUAGUCCCCCAGUAUGACACGAGUACUUUUGUGAUGAAGAACUUCAGUGUUUUACAACAGAGAGCUGACCCAGUCUACAGUCAGCCAUUACAUGUAUCAGGCCUCAGCUGGAGACUCAAAGUCUAUCCUGAUGGCAAUGGAGUUGUAAGGGGAAAUUACCUAUCAGUAUUCCUAGAAUUGUCUGUUGGACUCUCUGAAAACUCUAAAUAUGAAUACAGAGUGGAGAUGGUCCAUCAAGCCUCCAGAGACUACACAAAGAACAUAGUUCGAGAAUUUGCCUCAGACUUUGAGGUGGGGGAGUGUUGGGGGUACAACAGGUUCUUCCGUCUUGACCUGCUAGCCAGCGAGGGGUACCUGGACACUGACACUGACACACUGAUCCUGAGGUUCCAGGUUCGACCCCCGACAUUUUACCAGAAGUGCCGAGACCAGCAGUGGUACAUUAAUCAGCUGGAGUCGACUCAUACUCAACUCAUCAACCAGAUCACUGAUCUCAAAGAGAGAUUACUCUUGCUUGAAAUGUCUAGAAACUCGGGGUCUGGCAAAAAGGGUGGAGCAUCAGCUGAAUCCCCCCUUCCACUGAUAGAUCCCCAGAGCAGUGGUGAUGGAAAUCUUGCUCAGCAUUCCAUUCUGUACCCCAAACCGAUCCAUCCAAACUCAGGCUCCGAGAUCGAAAUUGAGCUGUGUGAGGAAGACCAUACAGCCAAGGAUGACAGCUCAACCUCUGGCUCAAUAGAUGAGAUCAGCCAGUAUGAUAUAGAGGACUGUGAACAUGACAAUGAACAGGGGACAACAGAACACAACGAUGAAAAUGACAUCGAUGAAGAGACUAUGUCUGUGGACAAUGACGUGGAGAAUAAUUGGGAAAACAACUUAGACAGAUUGGGGGCUCAUAGUUACACCCCCACCAUCCCCAACAUUACAGAUAACAGUGCUGUAGAUGAUGAAGCAGUUCUAAUGCAGUUUUUACAAGAACACUCUAAAUAUGACAACACUUGGUGUGUUGGAAAUGAUGCUGCAGGUGAUGGACUUAGUUCUGAUUGGUUGGACAGUGUCCUUAAAUUCACCAAAUCCUGCAGCUCCAGCAACAGCAAAGAUACAAAGGACAAGGACUCAAAGAAGGAUCCUGCCACCAAGCCUAAACCUCCUGCCAACAAGCCUGCCAUCCCAGCCAAGCCUGCCACUGCCUCCAAGCCACCUCCCCCAACCACUGACUACAUGCUGGAACACAUACACCAGAGGUUCACGGAGCUGGCAGCCUCCACCCUGGCUGCUGCGAGCGGUGCCGUAACCAGUGAGACCGAGGCUAGGGCCAUAGUCAAAUCUGACAACAAAGAUAAAAAAGAACGAGUACAGAUUCCAUCAAUGGAUCUUUCUUCAAAUGAUAAAGGAAGCAAACUCAAAGUAGAGAAGGAAAAGAAAAUAACAAAUACAUGUAUAUCCUCUUCAGAUUUAGAUGGAGUUUUGGGCCUUGAUUUGACCAGCGCCUCCUUAGAACAGGAGACUUUGUCUGACAUAUCAUUGGAUGACAUUCCAUCUCCCCAGCGUUACCAGUCCCAGCAGCUAUCAGCGGCCAUUCCACACAGUCCACCUGAUCAAGGAGGAAGCAGAAAGAAAAGACUGGUCAUCACCAAGAACAAGGUUUCUACAGCAGCUUCUGGAUCUCACAAAGACCAGGGAAUACCCUGGGCUCUGAAUUUUGUAAAAAAGGUGAAUAAUAAAUCUGAACAAGCCUUGGAGACAAAAGAUAAAGGUGGAUCAACAGUCACUGUGGGACUAUCCUCUGUUGUUGUUGAUAACCAUGGUAACAGUAAAGAUGGCACUCAGUUGCCUAGCAGCAGUGCUGCAGGGACCAACAGUGAUCACAACACGUCAUCAGAUUCCUCAUCAUCCAGCUCGGGUCCUCUGGUGGAAUUCAGUUCUCAGGCUGCUGCCGCCAAGGAAGCUAGGUCGGAAAGUGGUGAUGAUGCAUCUGUAGUUUAACAAUCCAACAUCCAUUCCAAAUCACGAUCAUCUAAACAAGGUUCAUAUUAGCUCAGAGACAGGAAGACAAGAUUUACAGACAAUAAAAGCCAUGAAGAAAGCAGUAGAAAAUUAAGGAAAUAUUUUAUAUGUGGACUCCAUUAAAGUGAUAUAUAAUUAUCUAGUCACAAUGAUCAUUUCAGGAAAAUUGCCAUGCUGUUUUUUCCUUAUGUGUUGUGUUUGAAUGAAGUGAAAUUUUUGUUUAUCAUUCUGAUGUUGAACUUUAUUCUGCCAUGGCUGUAUGUUUAGAUUUUCUAAAUUUUCUAUUAUAUUUCCAACCUCUUGAAAUUCAUAUGAAGUCAGUAGUCUAAGUACCAAAGGUAUUCAAACAAGAGGUACUUUUGUAAGUUUUGUAAUUGUUUCAAGGAAUAUUUGCUUAAGGUCAUUGAAAAGACCUUUGAUGCAGUAAUUACUAGUAAGAGAAAAAGAAUGAAGAAGUAAAGGUAUUGCAUUUGUAAUUUUUUUGUUCAAUUUUCAAUGGAGAAAGUUUUAUUUAUUGCUUCUACAAAUACAUGUAUAUUGAAAUUUCUUAUCUUUCAGUUACUCUUCAUUUCAUUUUUGUCAGAGGCAUGUAGAAUCAAAGGUGGUCUCAAUAAUUGUGGCUAUUAUUUUUUUUCCAAACAAUUUGAAAAUCUUUUUUAUUCCAAUUCAGAUCUCUUCUUCAAUUUGUUUAGCUUUUUUUUUUUUUUUGUUUGCAUUACUGCAUAGAGAAUAUGGCUAUUAAUUAAUAUUUCCUAUGCUGUAUAUUUUAUUUUUUUUUUUAAAGUAAAUUAGGUUAUGGUUUUUAAGGCAUUAGUGUAGUCAUUUAGACAGUGCUAUUUUGAACAAGGACUGUGAUGAUUUAAUUCAGUGCAAGAUUUUUUUUUCUUCCUCACGCUUACAACUAGUAUAUGUAUGAACAUGUUGCUUGUGUGUUUUACAAACAUGUUUGAUUCUAAUGUAAAAAUGUUUGUGUUACAUUUGUAUUUAUUUGAUAAUUGAAAUAAAUGAAUAUUUUCAGUAAUGAUAA